GGAGACUCAUGAGUUGCUGAGCGUUGCGCGGCUCCUCACUGCCGUAACACCGGAUACCGCGACAGCUCUUGCAGCGGAAUUCUUUCGCACAACCGCGUUCGUAGCUUUGGCUCGCAGAGCGCAGAAACUCACCUCGGAAAACCUCGCAGCAGUGUUGCUUCCGAGUGCAGCAACUUCUCCCGGAAAACAGGCUGGGAACUUACUUUCCCGAGACGGAC